GUGUUAAAGCUCAGUGAAGUUGCUUCAUACACAUGGGUAGGAGAAUUCAAGUUACUCAAGCACUCAUGUUCUGAAAUACUCCACAAACCUUGGGCGGUGAAACACUUCAGGAUUGUAUGGGCACAUGAAGAAAUCCAUAGGCUCAGUAUUGAGAUCAGCCAUCUUCAGGAAUGGGUGGAUACUGAAGACGCACAUAUACUU